GCACGUCAACCUUGCAGCAGAGGAAAACCCCAAGAUGGUGGGGCUGACCACCUCGACGGCUUCGAGGCAGGAUCAAGGCACGUGGACGCAUGGCGUAGAAUUGGGAACAUCUGCUUCCCAUGCCAGAGAGAGACAGCCAGGGCCCGCCCUCUGGGACCACAGAAGCGCAUAUAUAUAUACAUCUAUAGAUUCCCCGGUUGCCGUCACCUGGUUCCGUACACUGCUCAGUCGUGAAAGCAGCCCAUCACCGCCUCCCCUUAUACCUCCAUGAUGAAAGGCCUCAGCCUCCUUGCAGCUGCAUCGGCAGCGGCUGCUCACACCAUCUUUGUCCAACUUGAGGCCGGGGGCACGACAUACCCGGUUUCUUAUGCAAUCCGGACUCCGAGCUACGACGGCCCUAUCACCGAUGUCACGUCCAAUGACCUCGCCUGCAAUGGUGGUCCGAACCCCACGACGCCGUCCGACAAGAUCAUCACUGUCACCGCGGGCACCACCGUCAGGGCAAUCUGGCGGCACACUCUCACCUCUGGGCCCAACGAUGUCAUGGACGCGAGCCACAAGGGCCCGACCCUGGCCUACCUGAAGAAGGUUGACAACGCCCUGACAGACACCGGCAUCGGCGGGGGUUGGUUCAAGAUCCAGGAGGAUGGCUACAACAACGGCCAAUGGGGCACAAGCACCGUCAUUACCAACGGUGGCUUCCAGUACAUUGAUAUCCCGGCUUGCAUUCCCAACGGCCAGUACCUCUUACGAGCCGAGAUGAUUGCCCUACAUGCCGCGGGCUCACCAGGAGGAGCCCAACUUUACAUGGAAUGCGCGCAGAUCAACGUGGUGGGCGGCAGCGGCACGGCCAGCCCGCAGACCUACAGCAUUCCGGGCAUCUACAAGGCCAACGACCCCGGCAUCACCGUCAACAUCUACUCCAUGACUCCCUCCAGCCAAUACGUCAUCCCCGGCCCGCCCAAGUUCUCCUGCAGCGGCGGCAGCAACAACGGCGGCGGCAGCAACCCGUCCGCCACACAACCCGCCACCACGAAGCCCGCGACAACCCUGACCACGUCCACGGUCAAGCCUACCACGAGCGCUCCGUCAGGUGGGUGCAGCGUUGCUCAAUGGGGGCAAUGCGGUGGGAGUAGCUUUACGGGAUGCACCACCUGCGCGUCGCCAUACACCUGCAAGGCUCAGAACGCGUAUUACUCGCAAUGCCAGUGAGGGUGUUCAGGAGGAUGUCGCUGUGAGAUCGGUGGUGUAGGGCGAGGAGGGCGCAUAGCAGCGUGGUGUAGAUAGACCGCUGUCCAUAUAAAGUAGUGCUUUUGUAUAUAC